GCCAUUCAUCCCAACACGUAUAAGCGACUCUGCACCUGAUUGACUUUGGACAUCCGGAAUUGCGCAGAUCCAAGAUAAUCUCAAGAUGUCAGAGAAACCCACACCCUCGAAAGCGAAUGAAUGGUCCGGCGACAAAGCCACCAAGUUCGACAACAAAGCAUUCAGCGAGUAUUACGAUCCAUGUCAGGAGGCGGCGGAUAGAAGCAUACGGUGUUUGAAGAGGAAUGGCGGAGAGAGGGCUAUGUGCUCGGACUUUUUCCAAGCAUAUCGGGAUUGUAAAGAGCAAUGGCAAGCUGCAAGGAAAGAAGCUAGAAAGAACAAGUCAUGGUUUGGAUGAACUGAGGACACUGGAAAUUCGAAUGUGAAUAGCUGUACAACAUCUCCUCUCCGCA